GUGUUCCUCACGCCGCGGCCAUCGUCCAUCGGCCCCUGCGAGAUGAUUUUUCAUUGGUGGCGUCGCGCGUCCCAUAUGACAUGAAUGACAUGUUGGCGAGAGUUGAGGCAGAUGGGUCGUGGAAUGACAUCAGCACUUGUAUUGAUGGUCUGGGGGCCCUCUUGGCGACGGAUGCUGGCGAUCAGUUCUUGUCCAGAAGCGGCCUCGCAUGCGUGGGCGCCUGCGCGGGGGCCCGCGACACAGUGCCGUUCAGUUCGAUUGCAGAUUCAGCACAACAGGACUUUUCGUGUGUGAUGGACCGCUACCUGUUCUAUUCAGCGUGCGCCUUUCAGAUCGAGCGCCGUCGGACUCUGCACACAUUCAAGACACUAGCUCGGCGCGUUGCUGCCACUGGCGGGGCAGCGCUACGGUAUUCAGUGCACGUCUCCAUGGACGAGACACUUCUAUACCAUAAGGUCCGCGGCCACGAACGCAUCACAGACGCCAUCAUAGACGCAGCGAACGAGACAGGCGAGACCAAUAUCAUCACUGCAGAGCUCGGGAAAGCAGAGGCAGAGCACCGCGGCCAGGUGGUCGCUUACGAGCUGAAGAUCGGCGCUGUGUUCAGGAUGCCUCCUCGAGACGGCGACGCUGGGCCGAAACACCUUCACGCGAUGGCGGAACUGCCGUGCACGCUCACGAGCGUUGACCGCAAGACAGCAGAGACCUACGCGCACAUCGGGAAGAUGCAAACGGCUGGUAUUCAUGAUGAGUUGGGUGGUCUCUUCCAGAGGUUCGAUCGCACUUCGAUGUCGGACGGGGAUGGGGCCAUCGCCAAGGCAGAGCGGCAGCUUGGCCGAGCUGAAGAAAUCUCACACAGGCGUUGCAAGAUCCAUCUGUUGCAGGGCGCCCACGAGAAAAGUAGCGGGUCGGUCUUCGACGAAACUUUGACAGAGCACUACCAUAUGAGUAAGGCUCUCCAGGCACCUGGUGGCAUGCGGGCGUUCAAGAACAUAUCCAGGGAAGUGCUGUCCAGGCGCGUGGAGAUCAAGUUCGGCGAGUCGCCCAUGCUCGCCGCCGACCGUCGGCGGGCUGUCAUCGACGAGUUCCCCCCGCGGUCUGCGGCGGAACUCAAGGUCGUCAAGGCGCGCUUGAUUGUGAGCAUGGUCGCAAACGGCGACUACGACCGGAUGGGCGCCUUCGAGAUGCACGCGCCCAAUGCCGACGAGGAUCCUGCAGAGCGCCGGCAUUGGGCAUUGAAGUACUACGUCGAUGCCAUUCUCGCAUUGGGUGUCUAUCCAUUUCCACGGUCCCGCUGGACAAGGGCAGCGGACAGCUUGCGCGUCAUCGGGCUGUUGGCGAACACCCACGGUUUGCUACAAGAGAUAUGUCCUAUUUACGCGGCGCGCCAUCUCAAGACCACCGUGCCUGAUGGUGUUGGCGACGGGCUGCUGGCCAUUGCAGACGUUGGUGCGCACUUGUGCGACGCGGGCGACGCUCGGCCCUUUGCCGACGCAUGCGCCGUGGAUGCAAGGAGCAUGGCAACGCACGUGAAGAAAGGCUUGGUUGCAUGUAGGGGCGACGCGUUCGCCGCCAGGACGCUGUCGUUGACGAUCCUUGCGAAGCCGCAGCAGCACUUUAUGUACAGUUGCCUCGGCCUGGGUUCUGUUCGCGCCUCGGGGCGGGCUCAUGCUCGCAAUGCGGCCCUGGCGUGUGGAGGCGUUGGAACUGGCGCCUGCUUGCCGCCGCACAUCGAGGUCAUCGGUAUGCUCGAGGGUUUCCCGUGGAAGUUGUACGCCUUGGCUCAGCUGGGCGUGGAGACGGGGGGCGCCUCGCACAUGACUAAUGGUUUGGAGGCAACGCCAGCGUGCAUGCUCGACCCCUGGACUCGCGGUCUGAUUGCCCACUAUUCGGACAAGGGUGGCAUGGGCAGCGCCGACGCGCUGGCGGACGUCCUUGCCCACGCGGCGGAAGCCGAGAGCGAGAACAGCAGGCGCGAGAACAUCCACGCAUGGGCAUCCCGCAAGAUUGGGCGCAUGAUCAAGGCUGCAGCUAUCAGCGACUGGGAUACCAGACACCAGCUAUUUUGCCAAGCUGAUUGCGAAGCCCUGCCGCGCCUAGGACCACCGCGGGCGCGAUGCUUCGAGGCUGGCCUCUGCUUGUGCGGCGACAGCGGCGGAUUAGUCGACAUGUUCGUCAAGCACUGGGAGGGCGCUGUCAAGAUGCAGUUCCCUGCCAAGAGCACAGAGCGUAACCUUCUCAAGAGUGCAAGCUUUUGCCAGGUCUUAGUUGGCACGUACCAGCUCGCAGGUUUAGAUGCCCGCGGAGGUGCUGAUUCACCAGAGCAGGUUGUUACCAUUGAGGAAUGGAGCUGCAUCGCCUUCCAAUGCCUGUCACCAUGGAAGGCUGUGCUCAUGCCUGCAACCACGCCUGGGGGUGCCAGCGACGCCAGGGUCACGAUCACGACGAAGCCGAAGUGGUUGAGGCGCCAUUUGUAUUUCAAAGAGCUUUUGGACAUGUAUGGUUCUGAUGUUCCGUGGUCUAUCCAGUUCUUUCAGUUCCAGCCGUCUGCGGCGCUGAAGGGCGCUUUUGCUCCAGCGGCGCAAGUGGCAAAGCGACUUGACGGUGAUGCGGUGUCUUUCUGGAGUGGUGAGGACGACUUUGGCAGGCUGGCGAAUUUCCUCCAUCGAAGGGCUCGCAGAGACCGCGAGGGAGGUGGACCAGCAGCCGACGGCGACGAUGACGGUGGAGGUGGCCAUCGCGCAGAUGGGGGCGACCACCGCAGCGACGACGAGCUCAGCGGCCAUGGCGACGUCGAUCUGAUCGACGACGCAGUCAUGUUUGACGGCGACGGCCGAGAGCCUGGAGAUGAGAUCGUCGGCGAUGACUUCGAUGCCGUUGGAGGGCCCCCGACCCCAGUGACGUCAGAUGACGAGGUG